UCUGUAAUGGUUAUUGAUGUGCGCGUUCGUGGUUCUUCAGGGAGUCGUCAUAUUGACCUUUGCAGAGGUGAGCUUCAGCAAGGCCGUGAUAGAUCGAAGCAAUAUCCUCUCCUGUUGGAUCAUCUAAUAAUCUCUCAAAAUACUUCUGUACUUUUGAAUAUUCACCGAUGUAAAGGAGAAGACAACCGAACUUAAGCACGAUACUCGAUUGUUCAUUUGUUUUCUUCUUUGAUUCAAUAUAUUCGCGAGCAACGUGUGCCCCUUAAUUAGUCUCUUUCAUUGUUAUAAUCCAAGUAGUGCACUCUCAAUUUAGCUCGAUUGUCUGAAUUUCAAAGGCUGCUCCGAGAUCAAACAAAAUUUCUUCCUCUGAGGUAAAGUUACUGAUUUCAGCUAUAUCUCCUAAUAUUGCCAUUUUGGCCGGGAUGUCACAUUCAAUUUCAAAUAGAACUGAUUGUGGCGUAGAGUUUGUUGUCGAUUCGCCAGCAAAAUAAAGAACUCCCUCUUGUGAUUUGCUUGUAGAGAAGAAGCCAUUGGUCGAUAUUAAUUUGUUCUCACUCUGUUUUAAGUUUUCAAAUUCAUGAUUGCGCAGUGCAACUCCACGAUACAGUUUCAUCAUAAUAAAUGGCUGUCAACCUUUUAGCUCUUCAUAUUUCUCAGCAAGACGUAGACAAAGACCACCUAAUAAAAAAUCGGAACGUAUAUAACUGAUCAAUAUCUUUUAUUCUCGAAGCUUUAUAUUAAAGCUUUACCUGGUUUUGUGUACCGUUGAAUUGCUUGCGAAGAUUUAUAAGUUUUAUGAAAUUCCUCUAUACUUCCGAAUGACCUGAUCCGCUAAACCGCGAUGCUAUCCAACUGACCUACUUAUUUUGAUAAUCUAUGACCGUCAAAGAAAUGCGGUGUCUCAGAUAAUCAGAACAACAAAGUUCAUCUGUGAUAUCCAAUAAUACAAAGAUCAUCCGAGAUUAGUUGAAAAGAUCAGAUCAGAGAGUGGCGAACUGAUUUUCUGAUAUGCUAAAUGAUACGGCUGUAUGGGUGUGGAUAUUUGAGAAUCGGUUUGGCACUCGCCGACUGAACCUUUUUGGAUGAAUAGAAUAAUCAAACACCGAAAGAGUUUUUGAUGAAGAAAGUUGCUCUACGGUUUUUUGCUGUUUUUUCAAAAACUUAUGUCAACACUUCCUAAGAAAACUUCUCAAAAUUUUCAUCUGAUUCCACAUCGCAAAACUUGAAGGAUGUAAACUUUUAUUUUAACUUCUUUUUUCAGUAUUGUUGCCACAGUCGCCUUCGGUGACUCUUUCAAGUUAUGUUUGUGAUCAAACAGAAAAUAUUUCUUCACAUUUCCAACAAUUCUCAUGAUCGUAGAUUAACACAAGGUGCACAACAAGAUAUACAACUAUUAUCACUGAUAACAACAAAUCAAACAACGGAAGAUUUUGUUUCAGACAAAAUGAAACAGUUAUGUAAAAAAAUUUUAUUGAUACCAUCAAUUAUACUAUCAUCAACAAAAUUGAAUAAAUCAUCAGAAGCAUAUAAACAAGACAACGGUGAUGAAUUGCAUCAGCCAAGUUCACAGCAACCACAAGAAGCUGAAAGUACAACAGUAGAACAUUUAACCAGAAAACGACUCAUAAAAUUAACUCCUGAAGCCAAAGCCGUAAUCGAUCAAAACAAUUCAAAUUCUCACGGUUACCCUGAAUUUGUUGUUGUAUUCGUUAUCGUUUUUUUCGUCUUUACAGUUUUCUUCUAAUGUUUCCUUUUAAUCGAACACAGAACAGUUUACGGGUUUUAGGUGAGUUUUUCAGUUUUGUGUGAUAACGGCUGAUAGAAAGAAACAUAGUCUCUCAUUGCACUAGUCCCAAAAUAGUUUGAGUGAGUCAAUUUCGUUUCUCAAUAAAGCCAACUUAAUUAAUUUUUAACGUCGAACCUGCAAAAAAAAUUUUGUGUCGAAAGCGAUAUUUUUAAAUCCGAGUGAAAGACGAUAUUUCAAAAUUCUCUUCUUUUUACAGAUAGCUUUGAGUGCAUAAAGCCUAUUAUUUUAUGAUAUCUUUUGCCUGAUUCCUGACGUUCAUAAAAAAAUAUAACUGUUGACUAAACAUGGGUUAUAAUUAUGAUUUUAUUCGCUUAAAUUUGAAAAUACCUUAAACGGCCACUGCAUUGCCUCGGAAGUGUUUUUCUCACCAGCGGUUAUCUCGUAAUGAGAAACUCAGAUUUUACGAAAGAACUUUUAAGAUGUGUUUGCAUUUGAUUCUUUUUCAUUUUUUUAUCUUUCUGUUUGUUUCUGCUCCAAUUGCUUUUGUAUUGUUACUGCAUAAGUGAUUGUAUAAUGAAAUCUGCUACUUUCUAUUUGGAUAUUAGGGGUUUGAGUUUUUCUAAGUUCAAACAUAUCUUGAAUACAUAUAUACCUUAAUACUUGCUAUGUGUUUUCAUUGUAUUUUUUAUUUGAAAGUUUGGUUGUGAACUUAUAUAAUUGUUUUAAUGCACAAAGUGGAAUUUUCGUUUGAAAAACUGGACUUUUUUGUAAUAAAACUUCUAUGUUUUGCUCACUUAUGCAUAAAAUUUAAUUGUAAAAAUCGUUGUUUGAUAUAUGUUUAAAUGAAAAAUAUUCUUGUUUAGUUCUGUACUUCCAUGACCAACAUUACAUAUCUACAAAAAACUUCGAUAAUCUUUUUGCAUAUUCUUUUCAAAUGACACAAUUUACGCAGAAUGUCAUCAUUAACGAACAAGAAAUGUUUAUUGUUGCAAUAAACGGAAAAAUUCCAUUACAACAUUUAAAUCUUAUUGUUGGACAACUGCAUAAAAACAAAAUUUGAUGACAUUUGUAAUAUCCUCGAAUUAACUUAUCAUGUUAAAUAUGAACCUGGAUUGGUACAGACAAUUCUAAAUUUAAUAAAACGCAAAGACAAAAUAGUCGAUCUAUUCACAUCGGAAAAUAGUAAUGAAACAAUAUUAAAAUAUUCUAACAAUCCACAUUUUCUUACUGAAGCAUCAAGUACGUACGGAAGUAAAGUAAGCCUGUGAAUAGUUCCUUGCCUAUAUGGACUCCAGAUCUUGAUGAAACUUACUUUUGAAUAACAAAUCAAAUUGUAGGAGUACACAUCAGUGUAUUGAGAUGUUCAAGCGGCCGCUUUCAAGAUAAAACGAGAAAUAUUCAUCCAUAUGUAGUUUAACUUUCUUCUAGCUACGAAAUGAAAAUUUCCGUUGAAUCAAUCACAGGUAGUGUUUUUUUCAUUGAUCUUCUGCAGAUCUCUAUCUAUGAUCUGCUCUAACAUUUGCAGAAGUUUUUUUAACGGCUUAAGAUAUCAUUAAAUAAAAGGUUCAAUGUUUUUAAUUACAAACAUACUGGUACUAGAAACAAGGUUUAGCUUAUUAACUAUCCAGUUAUACAAGAAUUAGAUCUUCAUCGCCUUUCACUUUUCAAUGAAACGGUCGUUCGUGAAGAUCCGGUGA